AUGGAAGCGUUCGCUAGCCUUCCACCACAGCAUAAACUGCCUACAUUUGACAGAGUUAUGAAUAAUAAUGAUCAUGCAUCUUUCUUAUCGCUAUCACAGUUUGAUAUAGAACUUCAGCAACAAGCUCAAAUAGCUAUGCAGCAAGAGAUGGAAUCAUGGCAAGAAUUUGAAAAAAGCUAUUUAUCACCUAUUGAUUAUAAUGAAAACAAAUAUACACAACAUUCAUAUAAUAAUCAACAAAAUCAUUCAUCAUCAUCAUCUUCUUCUUCUUCUUCAUCUCAUGCACGACAAGCUUCUCCAAUUCAUUCUGAUAUAAAACAUCAAUCUGCCCUGAAUGGAGAUAUUGUUGAUUUAGUUACUAGUACAGACUUACCAAUAGAUAAUUUGAUUUCGUCUCACCAUAAUAAUAACAAUGAAAACAAUAACGAGAACAAUAGUAUUACACUAUCGGCAAGUCCAACAGUAAAUAAUAACUCUAAUCAACAACAUCAAAUGCACCAAUGGCAAGCUUCAAAUACAGUUUUAUCACCAGAUAAAAUAAAAUUUGAACAUUUACCUUUUGCAUCUCCCGCAAGUGAACAUAUUCAUUCCAGUAUUUCAUCUUUUGGAAGUCCAGAUUCUAUGCUUUAUGCUUCAGAUAACAUGCAGCAUCACUUGCAUUCUCCUAAACAAUCUAUAUUUACAGAACAGUCUCAGAUUUUUCCACACUUGUCACAACAACAACAACAACAACAACAACAACAACAACCUUCAUCUGCCUCCACAGAUAAUACUCCUAUUCAGUCACCUAAAAAUGAUUUACUGACAUCUCAUUUAAACUUUCAAAUUCAUUCACAACAAACACCUAACUUUCAAGCAUCUUCAGUUCAACAUGAAUAUCAAAAAUCUCCAUCAACUCAAGGGAAUGAUGCUUCUUCGGGUAAUAAUAAUCAUAGUAAUAAUAAUAUUCAUUUAUCACCUCAACAACCAAUAUUGUCUACUUCCACAGUGAAUACAGAAUUAUCUGUACCUACUACUGCUAAUAAUACUACAAAUCAUGUUAUACGAUCUAUUAUGCCACAGCAAAAAAAGACCGCUCAUAAUGCUAUUGAGCGUCGCUAUCGAAAUAAUAUCAAUGAUCGUAUUGCUGAAUUAAAAAAUGCAGUACCUGCUCUACUUCAUGCUAAGCUUAAAGAUUCUAGAGCAGGAAAUAAGCGUUCACAUCGUUCGUCUAAUAACAAUAAUAACAAUAAUGAUGAUGAAGAUGACGAAGAAGAUGAUGAAGAAGAAUAUCUAGAUGGUGUUGCUGUUGCUACCAAGUUAAACAAAGCUACUAUUUUACGUAAAGCUACAGAGUAUAUUUUACAUUUGAAACGUACAAGUGAAGAUUUACGUAAAGAAAAUGCAACUUUACAACACUUAUUGGGCCAGUUACCCGGUGGCUAUGAAGUCCUUAGUCGUUAUAGAGUACAAAAGUCUCAACGUGAGCAAGAGCUACAGAGACAAAAACUUCAAGAACGUGCCUUACAAAAACGCCAACAACAACAACAACGUAAAGCAAAUAGUCGUAAGAGAUCACGUCAUACUGAAGUAUCUGAAAAAGAAUAUGAAUCAUGUUCCUCUUCCAACUCAAAUGAUCCUUUAACACCUCCUGUAAUAAUCCAACAAAAUCAAUCACAAAUGUACAAUACAUUUGACCCCACUCAACAACAUGUGAAUAAUAAUAAUAAUAAUAAUAACAAUAACAAUAAUAAUAACAAUAGCAGCCAUAAUAAUAAUUCGGUCACUAACCGUGUGUUUAUGGCUAUUUUUAUGGCCAUAAGCUUCUUUUCUACUUCCCCUCUUUCCGCUGGUCCUACCUUAAAAGAUCAAUAUGAAAGUCAUAAUCAUAUUUCUCGUACUGCAGAUGAUAUUCUCUUAUCAAAUAAUAACUCCACUAGUUCUAUGAUAACCUCAUUAUUCCCACUAUCUGAUAAAUGGUCUAUCCUCAGAUCUACUGUAUUUGCCAUAUGUCUUGUCCAACUCUUUUUCCCAGUAUUUCGAUUUUGGCUAUCCUAUAGUCUCAAGAUCAAAAGAGUGAAUAAAAGAUCAAAAACAAAUUCUUCAGAGAAUAAAUCUUCUUUAAAUGGCAAUAUGGCAUCUCAUGUUGCCACCUUGACACCCGGUGAUCAGAAAUGUAUGCAAAUCUAUAACAUCCUUGUCAAGUCCUUGGAGAACGAUCCAAGUAGUAAAGCAGAGAAAGAAACUGUAUUCCCCUUUAACUAUAAAAGUACUCUGGGUUUCUAUUUCUGUCUCACAAAGCAGAUCGCUCGAUUUGUGAUACGUCAUUGGCUUGGUUACGAAAUUUUGUACGACGAUCAAUAUUUGACACCUCAGGAACAAUGGGUCUAUGCCUGUAAAUGGAUCAAGUUAAACGAAGUUGAAUGUCUUGGGGGUAACCCUCAUGUGACACGCUCCUCUAUGCUCUAUUCAUGCUUCUAUCUACUUAAUUUAUUUGAAUCGAUGGAAGAUGAUGAAAAUGAAUAUGUGAGUCAGUCACGUUCUCGUGUCUAUGCAACAACAGCUAUGCAAAUGGCGCUCAUCAUUCCUCAUCAUGACAUCGCUGAAAGACUCUCUCGCUAUUUCUGGCGUCUAGCCAUGUAUGAAUCUGGUCUCGAAGAUGACACCUUGAUGCGUGCACUUAUCUUUGAUUGUCAUGAAGAUGAUGGUGAAGAUCGUAUUGAGGCCAUGCUUAAUUCCCGGGCCUGGAAUGAAACCCUUGAGGUGAUGAAUCAACAGAUUGGUCACUUUGGUAACAGGCUCGAAAGUCACGGUCUCUCUCUCUCGAUGACCGCACCCGUCCUAGUUCCGGUUGGUAUCCUGUCUACACUUCAUCUACUUGAUAACUUGCAAACACAAUUUGGUCGUUUGAUUAUUUCUGUUACCGCAAAGCCCUUAACAGCUGCUAUGGUAGCUGAAGAAAGUGAAUCUGAUUUUAAUGAAACAGCAUUUGCUCAAUUGAUGGCCAUCACCGAUCCUACAUUAGAAAGUGAAAGCCGCUUUAGUGAUUAUCAUCGUUUAGCACACUGGCUAGCCGCAGUGGGCGCUACAGCGGAUGCACUCUGGAAGAGUGAUGUGAAAACUGCAGAGAGACUGUUGAAGACAUUAGUCGAAAAGGUGCCACGUUCACUUGUGUCCCGUGAGAGUACAGGGUCCGAUGUUGUAUGCCAUAAAGAUCGUAUGAAUCAAUUAGAUGAGCUAACAAAGAAGAGCAUGAUUCAUAUCCUUGUUGGUGCUACCCUUCUUAAACAAUCUACAGAUGGACAACGUCGUCGUGGUGUAGAGGAGCUCUGGAAAGCAGAAAAGAUCAAGACAGAAAUGAAAAAGAUAAUCAAUCAUAACUCUUCUACUAAACGUCACUACUAUCAGAAAAGAGUGGAUCAUGAUCAUGACCUUGAAAGCUCUGUCUUGGCCCUUGCUGAAUUCGUAACUGCAGUGACUGGUCUUGAAGCUUGGAUUUCAGCUUGGCGUUUGGCUCCUGUAUUAGCAGCCGAUGAAGGUAAAGAAUGUGAAGUCUGGGAAAAUACGAUGAUUGAACAAGUGCGAAAUGCUAGUCUGUAUUUGCGUCGUAUGAUUCGCCGUCAUUCACUAAAUGGUUUGCGUACAAAUCAAGUCAUUGUAGAACGUCUAAGUCGGUUAGGAGCUUAUGUCUCUAGUCAAAUUGAUGAAGUGGAUUCCGCUUGUGAAUGUACAGAAUUUGAUAACGAAAAUGAUAUCGAAAAGAAAGAUAACAAUGAUUUAUUAACACAACGUUCUCAAAGAGCAUUAGAUAUUCUUCGAGGGCUUUCGUAA